CCGCGUCGCAGCCCGGCCAGCCUGCUCCGCGCUCGCCUGCCCGUCUGCCCGCCGGCCCCGCGCACCCUUGCUGCCGCCGGUCUGCGCCCAGCCACCCCACGGGCACCAUGCACCUCUCCCAGCUGCUGGCCUGCGCCCUGCUGCUCGCGCUACUCUCGCUCCGGCCCUCCGAAGCCAAGCCCGGGGCGCCGCCGAAGGUCCCGCGCACUCCGCCAGGGGAGGAGGUGGCCGAGCCCCAGGCUGCGGGCGGAGGUCAGAAGAAGGGCGACAAGACUCCCGGGGGCGGCGGCGCCAAUCCCAAGGGCGACCGGUCGCGACUGCUCCGGGACCUGCGCGUGGACACCAAGUCUCGGGCGGCGUGGGCCCGUCUUCUGCAAGAGCACCCCAACGCGCGCAAAUACAAGGGAGGCAACAAGAAGGGUUUGUCCAAGGGCUGCUUCGGCCUCAAGCUGGACAGGAUCGGCUCCAUGAGCGGCCUGGGAUGUUAGUGCGGCGACCCCUGGCGGCGGAUUGGGAACUUGCUCCGUUUUGCUGAGGUCAUCCUUGGUCAUCAGCCUCCCAGCAUCUGGAAGCACCUCCAGCGCAAUGUGGCUUUUACAUUUCUUUUUUUUUUUUUUCCUGGUACUGGGAAUACACAACACCAGCUGUUUUAUUAUUAUUUAGGGAGGGGGUAUGACUUUAUUGUUUGUUUUUUUUAAUGAAAAAUAAAAAGUUAUAUAUUAUAUAUAUUAUAUACACAAAACACACACACCUACACCGACGUGAUGACAAGGGACAGUUUUUAAGAGACUGACAAAACCAGCUGUAAAACAUUGCUGUUUGUAAAUUCAUG